GCGCUUAGUUUAUGAACUUUUUGGAUAAAAACCGCCAUGGAAUGUGUGAAUACAUGAUAGGGAAAGUCACUGACUGGCACAUUAACUUCUGCAGAGGUUGUCGGCAGUUGAUUCUCCAGUGUAACAUCGCACUGAGAUAUACUCAGCUCGGGACCCCAGAAAAUUAAACGGCUUGACCCUCCUGCAUUUGCCAUAAGCCUCACUCUUGGAUGGUUAAACUCUCAUCAUGAGCAGCAGUCAAGAGGUGGAAUCAGUGGGCAGGAUCCUGGCUAACCCAAAGGAAGCGUUGACAACCAGGUUUCGGGCGCUCUUCACCUUGCGUAACUUGGGUGGGGCAGAGGCCAUUGAGUGGAUCAGCCGGGCCUUUGUUGAUGAUUCAGCACUGUUGAAGCAUGAGCUGGCCUACUGCCUGGGUCAAAUGCAGGAUGAACGGGCCAUACCCAUUCUCGAAAUGGUGCUGAAAGACACAACUCAGGAGCCUAUGGUGCGACAUGAAGCUGGGGAAGCUUUAGGAGCCAUUGGUAACCCUAAAGUCCUUGACCUGCUGAAACAUUACUCCGAAGAUCCCGUUGUAGAGGUAGCAGAGACGUGCCAGCUGGCUGUCAGGCGACUGGAGUGGCUGAUGAGUGGAGGGGACCAAGGGGAGGAGGGCACUGAUGGAAAUCCAUACACCUCUGUGGAUCCUGCUCCUCCUACCCCGAAGAAGAGUGUGCCGGAGCUCAGGGCUCAGCUCCUGGAUGAGUCCCUCCCGCUGUUCGAGCGCUACAGGGCCAUGUUCGCCCUGCGCAACGCAGGCACUGAGGAGGCUGUGCUCGCCCUGGGAGACGGUCUUCAGUGUGGCAGCGCUCUGUUCCGCCACGAGAUCGGCUACGUCCUGGGCCAGAUGCAGCACGAGGCCAGCAUCCCCCAGCUGCAGGCGGCGCUGGAGCGGGCGGGGGAGAACGCCAUGGUGCGGCACGAGUGCGCCGAGGCUCUGGGCUCCAUCGGCAAGGAGGCGUGCCUGCAGACGCUGCAGCGCUACCGAGAGGACGGGGAGCGGGUGGUGAAGGAGAGCUGCGAGGUGGCACUGGACAUGUACGAGUACGAAAACAGCGCGCAGUUCCAGUACGCAGACGGACUGCUGCGGCUGCAGAGCGUGCAGUGACGGCUGCUCAGUCUCAGCCCCGUGUCCAACAGCGUGGAGGCAGACGCAGACCCCACAGCAACCAGCUGCCUCACUCACUCACUCUCUCACACCCGCUCACUGAACCUCUGAUACCGAGUCACACAGCUUUGUGACAUUUGUCUUGGUGACGUAUGAAAGGACCCCUUAUUUUGCCGAAAACAUUGUACAAGACGAGACUCGCUCACAAAACCAAAAAAAACAAAUUGACAAAACGUCAUUCAAGAAAUUUCAAGGUUGUAUUUAAGGAAACAGACUGAAGAUUAGUCGUAAUACUGUUAAUAGUGUUACUGCUUGUGUUCAUAUGCUGAUCUGAUAAGUGAACAGGAAACUAGGCAAUGAUUUUGGAAUAUAAAGUCAUGCGGGCCUGCUAUUGUUCUAUUUAUGGUGUCUUGUUUUAUGGAUUUCUUUCUUAGCAGCUGUAAUUUUAAGCAAUGUCAUUGCGCUAAAGUGGGAUGAUGUCAUAUUGGGUGAAUAAAUGGAGAUCUUUCCAGCUGUUC